AUGAUACCAUUGAAGUAUUUUAAUGCUACUAGCUUGAUUCCCAUGGAAGGGAAUUUACAUGGUGACAGGGUAGAACAUGAUAUCUGGGGGGCUUGUAGGGAUGCUGCUGGGAAUUGGCUCUUUGCUUUUGUGGCUUCGUAUGGCGUCUCUUCUGUUCUUGUAGCUGAGAUAUGGUCUAUGCAUAAGGGGCUAAGAUUGGCUUAUGACAGAGGCUAUAGGAGAGUUAUUUUGGAAUGUGAUAACUUGACUGCGAUUCAUCACAUUUAUAGGGAAGCAAAUUUCAGCACUGAUUGGUUAGCUUAUAUGGCUUACUUUUUGCCUCUUGGUCGGCACUUCUUAGAAGAACCUUCUGUUAGUAUUCUAUCGUGGCUGUUUCAUAAUGUUGUAGGAGUUUCUUACAGCCGUUCUGCUGUUGCUUAG